AUGGAAUAUCUCACUCGGAGGCUUCAAUUGGCUGCUCUUGACUCAUCUUUCAGAUACCAUCCAAUGUGUAAAAUCUUGAAUUUGAUAAGCCUUUGUUUUGCAAAUGAUUUACUCUUAUUUUGUAAAGGUUCUAUGGCUGCUGUUCGAGUGCUAAAGAAUGCCCUUGAGGAAUUUAGCUCUGUUACUCGGCUGGAAAUAAAUACUAGCAAAUCUCAUGUGUACUUUGGAGGGGUUUCAGCUGAUGACAGGAAGAAGUUAGCUGCUGAGUUGCAGCUAUCUGAAGGUAGUUUUCCCCUUAAAUACCUUGGGGUCCCUAUGAGGCCAACUAAAUGGAAGCAUGCAGAUUGUGACAUCAUUAUUCAAAAAUUUAGAUUGCGAAUUCAUAACUGGGCUAGUAGGCACCUUUCAUUUGCUGGUAUAAUCUGGCUCAUUCAUUCUGUCCUAUUUGGUCUAAGAAACUACUGGAUGGGUAUCUUUAUACUUCCUCAAAGUAUUAUCAAGGAGAUUGAGAAAUUAUGUCGUGGCUUUCUUUGGGGAGUUAAUGGUAACCAGAGUAAAAUUCAUUUAGCAUCUUGGAAUAAGGUCUGUCUCCCGAAAGUUUAUGGUGGUCUUGGAUUCAAGAAUGGCUUAGCUUGGAACAAAGCAAUUUUAGCUAAGUACAUUUGGGCUAUAACUUAG